AUGAGUUCUCCGGAUAUCUGGAUUGCGCCCUUGAUUGAACACUGCCUCUCGAACUACAACAGCAAUGGCCAGGGGGCAUCAGACCCCGACUUGCGCUGGCAAGAUGAUGGCAGCAGUCUUCACUUCCCCAUUUCCGUUCGAUGCUCUGGGCUGAUUAAUUUGUGGACUGAAGCCGAAAUUCCCAUCGUCGUGAAUUUGACCGACUCGCAAACACAGAUGGACGCGAAAUUGACACGAGAGGCGUUGGAGGAAUAUACUAAAGUGUUUCCCACUCGACCGCUGGGCAAGGGCGAAUGUAAAGGACAAUUUAUUCAAUUGGACGAUUUCGGGCUCGUUUUUGAGUACGCCACAUCCCAGCCAAAGGUGCACCUCUCCGUCAAACGGUUCAGUAUUCUGUGGGAUCGAGGGAAAAUAAAGUCAAGUCCGCAAGGGAAAUCGGUCAGGAGACAUUCCUCCUUGUAUAAUUUGAUGCAGAAAACUUUCCAUCGGAUCAAAUCUCGCGAGAAACUGGUCGAGAAGCCUAACAAGGCCAACAUGGAUGAUAGCCAUCGCAUGGAUCUCUCCCUCGCAAGCCAAGCCAUCAAUCGCCAUGAAAUGCAACCGUCACAGAUUCUUUUCAUGUCCCAGCUUCCUUCCCAUCCAUCCGAUGAUGUUGCGGCUGCCGUCCCUGGUUCCCAGCAUGGUGCGGUAUCUGCCAACCGCCUGCUACAACAUCUUGGAGCUCCAUCUAAAGCUGUCGGAAAUGGACAACGAGGCAAUCGACUGCAGUCUGUGCAUGAUCAACCAUCGCAUGCGUCGACAGCAACUACUCCCGUGGAAAUAGCCUAUCCCCGCGGAACCCGUCAUCUCUUUGCAAAUUCCAAUGAAGAUGAGAAUCGCCCGGCAGGGUUUAAAUCAACAAGCAGGGCUGCCACAGUCCCAGUUGAGGAAAUGAUCCGCUCUGAAACCCCAGAAAAACUACGGCCCGUGACAUAUCAAUUGUCCUCACCCAGAGCGAACGAUAGCCCGAGCAGGACAUGUGCAAAGAAGAAUUUGCCUAUCAAAGUUGAGAGCCCUCAAGCUCUGAAGUUGUCAGGAGAACAAGAACCAUCGGAUCUCAGGGCACCAGACUCCACAGAUCGAUCGAACCUUGAGCUUGCCGAUCCGUGGGAAGGGAUGACAGAGAUACACAGUAAUGAAGUCACGAUACCGGAGGAUCAGCUCAAGCUCCUGGAUGGUUAUGAGACACGGGAAUGGUUUCCUCCUCCCCCCGGAGAAGAUAUGGUUUCGGGAUUUGUACCCCCCUCGCUCCUAAGUGAAUGGAAUGAAAUUAUUCUACGGAGAAGCCUGAAGGAAAAUGAAAAGGACUCAGAGCCUACUGAUGAAAAACAGCGGAGUUUACACACAGCGCUCGCCAAUCACUCCCCCUCUGCACCCGAAACUGAGCCAGAUUCGGAGGAGGAGGCCCCCCUCGAUUGGCCCAGCAGCCCCCGCGACGUCUCUCCCCAAAUGCGCCAACAACUGCCGGCCGAUAGCAGUCCACCCAGAGGAGAAUCUGCUUCGAAAGGUGCAGGGUCACGGAGGAUGGAGCGCGAUGAUGACGACAAACAAGCCCGGAGGAUGGCCAGUCUAAAAUCUGUUCACAGUGAUCAACAUGAGGGCCAGCCGUCAGGUACCGAUGAGGACCUCGAGGCGCCUCCCAUAGUGCCGUCCGUUGAGAACCAUGAGCCAGACAAUGAAGAAUCAAACACUUUGGCUGUCCACGAAGAUCAUGGACAUGAGUCUGAUAGUAGCAGCGAAGAGUCAAUUAUGGACAUCUCAGUCCCCCUCCCCUUCACUCACACACCGCAGGGUUUGUCUAGUCAGCUGGAGGCAGACCUACCAAGCACCGAAUUUUCUCCCUCUACUUCCACCGCAAAACAGGAUAUUCAGGUAACAGAAACCCCAGCGGCUGUUCUCCAUCGAUUACGACCUGCAAAUACCAAUAAUCACCGCCUGGGUGAAAUUCACGAGCCAGAGUUCUCCUCAUCCCUGGCGGACAAGUCAUCGUCGCAGUCGCGCAUCCUCAACACAUAUGCCAGCAACGAUGGGGAUCCACGAGGCGAACCAUCUCAAGAGAGCUCAAAGUCACUUUUGAUGAGUGGGAGGGAGAAUCCAAACGGAGAUGAUGCGCUAGGAACUCCGAUCCGCCGUGUUGUCCUACCAACGCAAGAUAUCACUCCUUGGUCGCAGCCCGGUGUGUGGAACUCCUCAGGACCAAAAAGCUCCGAAAGCAAUGCACAGGUGCCUACUACUUCAUUCUACCAAUCGCCAUCCUCAAACCCAUUUUCAUCGUAUCGCGAAGUGCCUCCAUCUUCUAUGCUAUCCGUGGAGCAGCAAGCGAGUCCCAGUAUCCUGGGCUAUACACAAGGAAGCUCUCCCGGGUCACCUCGGCUCCUUUCGCUCAAGCGAUGUGCAUCUGAUCGGGAAAUGGGCGAGGCUUCGUCGCCAUCAAAACGAUAUAAACAUAACAUCCGGUCGAACAUAUAUGGAAACGAAAAACGACUUGAAGAAGAAAUCAUUGCUCGUCGUCAGGAUUACAUCUCAAGCUCUACUCAUUCUUCCGCGUUUCAAGUAUAUGAGAAAUUUCAAGACGACUACCCCACUUAUUUUGGAGACUUUGCCCACUUCACAGAGCUAUGUUCCAGGUUGCAGGCCUUUCGGGACAGCGGCGGCCUGAAACGGUCUUUCUUAUGGGAUGAUUUCAUCAUCAAGCAUCUCAAAGAAUACCCACGGUAUAUUGAAGAAUGUUUGAGCAAGGACGUGAAAACUCUCGACUACGCAGAGUAUUUUGCAUCCUCCUUCUCAACCCCUUCCUAUAAGAAACGCAGCCUCACUGCCAACGGAAUCAGCACAUGCGCGGCCCAGCAUAUGUGUGCAAACGAGUCCUCGACGGCUCCCCCUCUGCAAUCAUCCGUUUCUAUCUCCGACGCACACACUUCUUUCACCAGUAGUCUCCGAGAUCAGCUUUCCAACUUCCACACACAUUCCUUCGGACCGUCAUUACACGAAAGACUCGAAGACAUUGUCCCUGACUCUCAUACUCCAUCCGAGUGUAGUACCGAGUGUAGUAUUCCGGACAGUGAACCUGCUGGCUUGGCCGCUGAAGGAGAGAACAGCGACGUCUCCAUGGAGGGCAUCCACGACACAGCCAGCAUUGAACUCGGCGACGAGGAAGAGCAGCUACAGCCAGGUGUAGCGCCCCGCGCCGUCGCCACCUCCACCGCGGCCCCGGAAGGUCAUACUCCGCUGGAGGCGAACGCCGCUGCGAAUUAUGAUGGCGUUGAUCUCGAUAUUCCCGACGCUGGCAUUGACGCCGCCACAGACACCACCCCCGACCCCCUUAGCGAAGCCGAAAGUUCGAACGAAAACUGGUUCCUCUCGCUCCGCCAUCUCUACGCUACCGCUCCUGUCUGGUCAGACCACCACAACACGCCCUUCAAGAAGUGGGCACUGGCAGACCAAAACGUGCUGAUUGAGCGCUGGCGCCGUGGGGGUUCUUAUGUUUCUGUUGAUGACAAGGGAGUCAUCCAGCGGGAUCCUGCCAUACCAUGUAGAGAAAGGUGAACUGUGAGACGUCAUUAACCAGACAAGUAAUUUGCUUUUUGUUUCUUUCUUUCUUUCUUUCUUUCUUUCUUUCUGUGCCCCUAGUUAGUAGUCAGUCAGUCCAGUCAGUUUCCAAUUCCUUCAUGCAUCGGGUACCCACCAAGGAGGGAGAAUCUGCCAGGUUAAGCAAAUCAAGCGAAGAGUUCCAUUGGCUGGUCUGAUCACUAUUUUUUUUUUUCUUUCCAUUCAAGAGCAGGGAGUAGAUCAAUGUACGGAGGAGUAACGAUACCUACCUUAUUUACGGAGUAUGGCGUGUAUAGUAUAUAUAUAUAUACUUACUCCAUAGUAAUGUUCUAAAAAGAUAUGCUCAUGGAAAGAGCAGCAGCAGAAGAAAAAAGAAGAAGAAACUAAGUAAUGAUCAAAAU